UACUUCAAAUAUUAAUUACUCCUUCUCAAAGCUUUGGAUCGUCCCCUCACGUUUUGUCCCCCGACCAAAAAAAAAAAAAAUUCCGUCUUUCGCUGUCUCUCUCCCUCUCUCCCUCUCUCGAUUCUUUGAGACCCCUUUUUUUCUCGCUGAUAAGAAGCUUUCUGUUGCUUUUCUUUCUCUGCUUGAAGGAAGGGAGGGAAGGGAGGAGGAGGAGGAGGAGGAGGAGGAGGAUUCACUUGAUUGAGGAUUUGAAGUACAUUCUUGUGCAUGGUGAUGGAUGAAAUAUCCGGGAAAAGGGCUGUUGAUAAGCUUCCUCCAACGAAGAGGUCUGGUCUUGUUAUGAGGGACACUUCCAGCUUCUCGGGCCGCAGUCCUCAGCCCUGUAACAGGCUUGGCUGCAGCAGCAGGGCAAACAUAUUGAAGGGUGGUCAAGGUGGUGGCGCAGGCUGCCCACAGAAGGCCAAAUCGGUGAGGUCAUCAGUCUGCCAUUCUGGUGGCAAGGAAAUCUCUGGAAGUUCCUCUAAGAAUGGUCCUUCUGUAUUAGCGGUAAAGACUCCAAAGAAGGAAACGCAGAAGAAGAAGAUUGUUCUGCAGCUCAACACUGACUCAUCAGAUACUAGCAGCACUAGGGAUGAGCUUGAGGUGCCAGAGGUUGUACCACCACCAGGGAAGAUCCAAAAGGGAGUUGAGGAAUCAUCCAUGGAUGGAGUCACAGUAAUGGAAGUGGGAAGCUCCAGUUCGGGAACUGCUUCGAUUUCAAAAUCCAGGAAUAAUAGUAAUUCUAAGAAUCUGGGAUCGUCUAAGGCCAAAAGUGUGAGACAGCAACCCGCGAAUCCUAACAUGGGCCAGUGUGGUUUGCGGAACCUGAGAUGCAAUUCUACAGCUGAUGUGGCUCCGCCCAAUAGCAGCCCUCCUAACCGAAGUCUGAAUAAGAGGAAAGACUUGCUGAAAGGCCGUAUUUCUGAAGGGGAAACAAGCUCCUCUAGGGGAAGGAAGACUGCUGGGACCUUGCCAAGUUCUAGAAGUGGAGUAUCUAUCCCCGAAUCAAGAAGGACCAGGAAUAGUGGCCCCUCUGAAGCACAUAGAAGUGUUUCAUCAGUUAGGGUCAGAAGGUCUCCUGGGAGUCCUAGCGAGAGAAAUACAAGGAGCUCUUCCUCGAGUGAAUCCAGAUUUACAUUUUCAAGGUCGGCUCAUCGUGAUUUCCCUGUUGAUGAGAAUGCUUCAAGCAGUAGCUCUCCUUAUGAGUUGUCUAAUGAAAGUCUGUUUAGACGUUUUGCCAUAAGUAAUCGGCCAGGGAGUAGCAGUGGGCUGUCACCAGGUUUUGGACCGUCUAGUCCUGAUAAUGCAGGCUUUAGCUCUCACCCAUCAGUAAAUUGGGAGAGUUUCCAACAGUACACCAUGGAAGGAAUUGCAGAGGUUUUGUCGGCACUCGAGAGGAUUGAACAAGAUGAGUUGAAUUAUGAGCAACUUGUUUCUCUGGAGACCAACCUGUUUCUUAGCAGCUUGAAUGUCUACGAUCAACACCGAGACAUGAGGAUGGACAUUGACAACAUGUCUUAUGAGGAAUUACUAGCUCUGGGAGAAAGAAUGGGCACUGUGAGCACAGCAUUGACCGAGGAAGCUAUAGCAAAAUGCCUUAAGAGAGAUCUAUACCAAAAAAUAAAGGGCAAUGAUGAGCCUGCUGCCAGCACAGAGAAUGAUGAUGACACAAAAUGCAGCAUUUGCCAGGAAGAAUACGUGGAUGAAGAUGAAGUUGGGAGACUGCAGUGUGAGCACAUGUACCACAUUAACUGCAUAAACCAGUGGCUUCGGCUUAAGAACUGGUGUCCAAUUUGUAAAGGCUCAGCAGAGCCCUCACCUUCCUCUCCUCGACCGUGAUUUUCGAUAGAAGUCAACUGUGUUGGGAAGGAAUUUAUUUUUCUUAGAUGUACAUUCCAAGUGCCCAUUUACUUUGUGGCUCAUUCUGUACAUACCUGAAUUUCUUACCUCAGAAACAUUUGCUAGUUUGAGCCGUAAGACCAGCUCAAUUUGGGAACUAUUCAUUUUACCACUGGAAAUAAUGCAAGUGAAAACAUCGACAUACUUUGGUACUUC